AUGGAUGGAGACAACCGGACUAUUUUGUCUGGCUUCAUUCUAUUGGGCUUCUCUGAUGUGCCAGAGCUACGAACUGCCAUCUUCACCAUUUCCUUAUGCCUCUAUGUUUUAAUGGCGCUGGGGAACCUGGUGAUGAUCCUGCUCAUCAACACCGACCCCCGGCUCCAGAGCCCCAUGUAUUUCUUCUUGACCCACUUGUCUUUCAUAGAUUUCUGUCUCUCCUCUGCUAUCAUCCCAAAGGCAUUGGAGACGUUCCUGCUGGGGAGGAGCCACAUCUCUCUUUUGGGUUGCUUUACCCAGAUGUACUUUUUCCUUGCCCUGGUCAUCUCUGAGUGCUUUCUCUUGGGGGUGAUGGCUUAUGACCGAUACGUGGCUGUGUGCAAGCCGCUGCUUUACACCACCAUCAUGUCCAGGACGCAUUGCUAUGGCUUAAUGGUGCUGGUGUACACCACAAGCUUUCUCUCCUCCCUGGUGCACACCGUCCUUGCAGGGAGGUUGUCCUUCUGCCAAGACAGGAGUAUCAACCACUUCUUCUGCCAGCUGCCCACCCUUCUGCAGCUCUCCUGCUCCAAUGCCCAUGCAAAUGAGAUCCUGCAGGUUUCUGAUGCUCUUCUCAUUGAUGGAGGCUCUUUCCUGAUGAUCCUCAUUUCCUACACAUACAUCCUUCACACCAUCCUGAAGACCCCUUUGGCCAGGAGCAGGCUUAAAGCUUUCUCCACCUGUACCUCCCACCUGGCUGUCAUCACCAUCUUCUACGUACCAGGGAUGCUCAGCUACCUCCAGCCUCGCCAGGCGUGCUCGCGGGAUCAGACAAAGCUGGUUUCAGCGUGUUACGCCCUCCUGACCCCUACUCUCAACCCCCUCAUCUACAGCCUGAGGAACACAGAAGUGAAGGGGGCCAUGAGGAGGCUGUGGGUGCGAAAGCUGGUGCCGCGACUCUCCAGGCUGCGAAAAUGCAGUUGA